UUUUUUUUUUUGUCAUCCGUAGAUUAUAUUAAACACAAAAACAACGUUUCUUACAAACCAGAGCCGGCAAGGAAUACAUUCCUUCCAGAGCCAUAAGCCGGCGCGGUAACAUGUACCACCCGGAGCCAAAUGAUGGAUACAACACAAACCCAUAAAAAACUAACAAAGACACGAAGAAAAAAGAUGUCGAGAGUCAUGAGAAUAAAACAAAACUUCAGUAGAAGAGUAUUCCACCUUGCGCUCAAAGACGAGCUUACCGAAAUAGAACUCAUCAACAAUUAACACAAAAUGAGAGGAGCAUCGAGAUAGACUAGACGCACACGAAUAUCACCAAACAUAUAAACUGAAUAUGUUUUCUUGUUAAGACAAGAUAAUUUAAUGAUAUUUAACUAUGAUGAUCGUUAAUUAGCCUUUUUGUCUUCAUGUCAUAAAAAUAAUUAUCUGUUCCAAACUUCCAAUAACGCCUACCUGAAAGGCCUAUAACGAUCCAUACUCAUCCCAUUAAAAGGCCCAAACAUAACACAAAUGACAAAGGAUAAUGAAACUUUCCUUUGGUUCACGGUUACAUCAUUUGGCGAUGGCGGCGACAUCGGGAGCGAAGAUUACGGCGACUGAGCCACCGAAGAUAGUUUGGAACGCGGGGAAACACCGAUUCGAAACCGAAGAUCACGAAGCUUUCAUCGACUACAAGCUGAGAAACGACGGAAAAGUAAUGGAUCUGGUCCACACCUACGUCCCUUCCUCAAAACGAGGGUUAGGUUUAGCUUCCCUCCUCUGCGUCGCCGCCUUCGAACACGCUUCCUCUCACUCCCUCUCCGUCAUCCCUUCCUGCUCAUACGUUUCCGACACGUUUCUUCCUAGAAACCCAACGUGGAAGCCUCUGGUUCAUUCGGAGGAUCUUAAGUCUAGCAUCUGAAGUAAGACUCGUUUUAACAUUAUUGUUAAGUUUGUGUUUCAGUGUCAGUUGUUGGUUGUGUAAUCUUCAAAACCUUGUACUCAGAUGUAAUGAAUCUGUAAUAAUAAAGUCUUUGAAUGUCUUAA